CCUGUGUAGGAAUCUACAAGAACGGACGCGUUGAGAUCAUUCCGAAUGAUCAGGUACUGAGGUUUGUUUGUUACUUAGGUUUGUUUGUUUGGGCGAUACGCAUCCCUUCGUAGGAGAGACUGUUGCUUUGGUGCGGGAAAGUGUAGACCCUGGGACCAAAAAAAAAGCGUUCGCCGUGGCAGCGUGAACAAUGAAGGAAUGAAAAACCUACCUUAGGACAUAGUUGCUUGUCGGUUCUGGUGGAGAGGAGGGGGAUAUUUAUAUGAGUGAUGUUUGCACGCAGAGUAUUUUGAUCUCAUCCGGGAUAACCUCCUAGAGCAGUCGUAGCUUCAUUGACAUCUCAACAAAACCGCAGGGUAACCGCAUCACGCCGUCUUACGUUGCUUUCACGGUGGAUGACGAUAAUGAAGCCAGGCUCAUCGGGGAGGCCGCUAAGCAACAAGCUACCGUCUAUCCAGAGCAGACUUUGUUCGAUGUGAAGCGACUGAUCGGUCGCCGAUACAAGGACAAGUCUGUCCAAAGCGACAAGAAGCUUCUUCCCUACGCUAUCGUGGACAAGGGCGGAAAGCCCUACAUCAGGGUGAAAGUCAAAGGUAUAGUUACACGAUUUGAAUUUUUUGUCUCGUAGAUCAAUAGGGGUGGUUCUCCUUAGUUCUUGUCGAUUGCGGAGGUUUCCAAUUCAGUGAGGCCUGAUCAGUGAGAGAUUUUUCGACGAAUUCCCUCUUCGCCUACUAAUUCCCUCUUUGCCUACUCUUAGUACUUAUAAUAAGCUUACACCUGAACUUUUCAAUUUUAUUGUCUCCUGUUUCUUUCCAGGUGAAAGCAAGGACAUGUCCCCCGAGGAGGUAUCGGCGUUGGUGUUGGUGAAAAUGAAAGAGACCGCUGAGAACUAUCUCGGUAAAACUGUUAACCACGCGGUUAUCACGGUCCCAGCUUACUUCUCUGAUGCUCAGCGACAGG